AAUAUCCAGCGUACGCGCAUUUGGGAAUAGACAGAGGCGGUCAGACCAUCACGGAGACGAAGAAAGCUUGGCUGGAUCUGCUGAAACGGCUCAUCGUAAUGAUGCAGCUCAGAGCCAGCUUCCUGAUGCUGGAGGUGGCUAACAAGAAUGCGACAAAAAAAUCAAACGUCCUUGCAAAAAUCGUCAUUCCGAGGUUAAACGUGACAUCUCACUACAUAAACUCUGAACUGGAGGAGAAAGAAAGGGAAGAGGUGUUCCGUCUAAAAAGAGUGAAACAGAAGAAGGACUUUGAGAAGAAAUUGGAUGAAAUGAAGAGGUUAGAAGCGUCCAGGCCAAAACCGGCGGAGCAACAAACGGAAAAGUCACAAUUGUCUGUAGUUAAGAGUGAAAAUGAAACUUUAACAUCGAGGAAAUCAAAUUAA